AUGUUUCAGGCAACAGAAGCGUAUGAAGUUUUGUCGUCUGAUAAAAAACGAAAAGAAUAUGAUGAAAAAUGUCAGGAAAGCUGCGUGCAGACACCAUCGGGAAGUUGGCCAACACAACCGAACGGGGCAAGAACAAAGAAAAAUUUCGAGGAUUUAGGACUGGAUUAUAAAACAUUUGAGGAAUUUCAGCGUAGCGAUACGAUGCAGCGGCAGCGUGAAUUGAAAGAAUGGCAGAUUUUGAAGGAGAUUGAGGAAGAGAAACGGAAGACGAGGUACAAAAUUCCAACGUUCCUGGCAAUGGAAAUGCAAAGGAAGCAACGAAUGCUCAAUGAAAAGAGAACUGUCAACGCUUUUAUACUCCUUUUUGGCAUUCUAAUGACUCUUUCAUAUGUCCGCCGAUUAGUAUAA